AUGAGUCACCACCUCCUAAGAGCGUAUCAGAUGCGAUGAAGAGUCUUCUCUUACUGCACGGACAUGAGGAUAACGCUCCUUAACAUGCGUAUCAUCUACAUUCAGCUCCUCUCUAUUGGGUGAUAGCCGCCGGAGAUUCGCAGAGUCAUCAUUUUUCCACUCCACUAGGUGACAGCUACCGGAGACGAUUUGACGACCCAUUUCAUUGAUCUCUAGACUUCACAAGGAGAUCCAGAGAUUAUCCACAUCAUCCUUGUUCAAAGAGAGCCUUCGAGGCUAUAGACACUGCACGACGAUCCUCCAUAACGCUCAGGAUUCUAGUGCAUCGCCGACGCACCACCGUCGCGACAUUGGAACUUUGUUUUCUUACUUUUCAACUUAAUUUCUACUUCAUUUAGUGAUAAUUUGUGUGAUUUAAAUUUACAAAGCUAUACUUCAUUUAAUUACUAUUCUUCAAACUUUUACAGAUCUUAAUUUGAUUAAUUAAAUCGUCUAUAAUCGCUUACAUAAGAAUCAUAGAGUGGAACUCUAUUUCUAUCUGAUUUGCAUUCAUCAAGCGCUGAUGUCAUCUUGACGUCCACACCCUUAUUUCUUUUUUUUGUGAAUUUUAAAUAUAUUUUAUUUUUCAUUUUGUAGUAUAAAAUUCAUAAAAAGUCAUAUUCUUUGAGAACAAUUCUGAAAAAUUACCCAAUAUUAUAUUACAUCCUUGUGAUCGACUUGGAAAAUUACUACUAUUUGUGAGAUUUUUAUUGAAUUAUAAUUAAUAUAUCUUUUCAAAAAUACUUCUAAAUAUUUGAAAAAUAGUAUUUUCGAGUUUGAUAAUUUUAAAAUUUACAUGAUUUACUAUACAAUGACUAAGUCACGUCAGAUACAUUUGAGAGUACAUAUCGUUAGACUUUAUCAAAAUAUUUCUAAAGUUUUACACUAUUUUGAUGGCGAGCGGGAUCCGUCUCCAUCAACUCAAGAGACACCAGUAGUCCGAGUUCAGCUUGAUCGACGCUCGAAGACGAAGGAGCCUGGCUUUUGCUACACGGCCUAG